CCAGUCAGUACUCACUUCCUGUGUAACACGAGGCUCCGCCCGGUCUACCGGCAUUUUCGUUGCGUCAGCUGUCAUUUAGACCGCCAAUUCGAAUCGGAUUACCUUAAAACAUCACACAUUUCAAAGGAUUUAUUUUCACAACGCGAAAAGAUCGAUUUUUAUAUAGGAUAACGGUGACUUUGUUGUGCUUUUUUGACACGAGAGAAACAUAAUGGCGCCGAGGCAUCAGCGGGACAGCUCAUCACUCUGACCCGGGAGCUCGCGAUACCCGGCUUUUAGCGAUCAGUUUUAAACCUUAAUCCGCUACAUAUCACACAUAAGUAAAUAGGCUCGAGGGAAGAGUUAACUCCCUAAUCAUUUGGAGCUAGUUUAUCGUAAUACGCAUCUGUCCAACAUCUUGACUGAAAUCGAUAGUCGCCGAGUGGCAUCGCGUGACAAACCCCGUCCAAGAUCAGACUCUACGUAAGUUACGUUCCUUCAGACGAUUGCGCAAAUUCGCUCGCUUGACGCGUUUAGCUGUUUUCAGAAGUCUGGAGUGUGUGAUAUGCAUCAGCGAGGGUCGCUUGUCUCUCCGUUGCUCAGUGGUGUUUUCUGUCAGUGCCGCUCUGAGUUUCAGGGCUCUGAUCCUGGAGGUGGUGCGGACUCAUCACAUCCCGCAACAUCGCACUCCGAGCACGCCCACGACGAGUCCUGCGACUCCCCGCAUCAAUGCACGGUCUGUGGGGGUCCCGAUCAGGAGCACAGGCUGAAAGUGCUUUUCCAGAUCCUGGAUGUCAACGGAGACGGAGGCAUCUGUGUCAACGACCUGACCAUAGGGCUGAAAAAGCUGGGCGUUCAUCGCACUGAACAUGAACUCAUGAAAAUUGUCAAGGCUGGAGACAAGGACCUCGAUGGUCAGUUAGACUUUGAGGAGUUUGUGCACUAUCUGAGAGACCAUGAGAAGAAACUGAGGCUGGUCUUCAAGAGUCUGGAUAAAAAGAACGACGGUCACAUAGAUUCCCAGGAGAUCAUGCAGUCAUUAAGAGACCUUGGGGUACAUAUAUCUGAAGAACAGGCUGAGAAGAUCCUCAAGAGUAUGGAUAAAAAUGGCACAAUGACGAUUGACUGGAAUGAAUGGAGAGAUUACCACCUUCUUCACCCUGCUGAAAACAUUCCUGAAAUCAUCCUCUACUGGAAACACUCCACGAUAUUUGACGUGGGUGAAAGUAUGAUAGUCCCUGAUGAGUUUACGGCGGAGGAGAAGAAAACAGGCAUGUGGUGGCGACACCUGGUAGCAGGAGGCGUGGCAGGAGCUGUCUCUCGGACCUGUACCGCACCUCUGGACCGCCUGAAAGUUCUCAUGCAGGUUCAUUCGUCACGGAGCAACACCAUGGGAAUCUUUGGAGGAUUCACCCACAUGAUCCGUGAGGGUGGAUUUCGAUCGCUAUGGAGAGGGAACGGUCUCAAUGUAUUGAAGAUAGCACCCGAAUCUGCAAUCAAGUUCAUGGCGUAUGAGCAGAUCAAACGUCUGAUUGGCAUUAAUCAGGAGACAUUGGGGAUCUUGGAGAGGUUGGUUGCUGGGUCUCUGGCUGGAGCUAUUGCUCAGAGUAGCAUCUACCCAAUGGAGGUUUUAAAAACCCGACUUGCCCUGGGAAGGACGGGUCAGUACAAUGGUAUCGUGGACAGUGCUAAACACAUAUUUAAGAAGGAGGGCGUGGCAGCUUUCUACAAAGGUUAUAUUCCCAAUAUGCUGGGUAUCAUCCCGUAUGCUGGAAUAGACCUGGCAGUUUAUGAGACGCUCAAGAACUCGUGGCUGCAGAAGUUUGCCACAGACAGUGCUGAUCCGGGUGUGUUUGUGCUGCUAGCGUGUGGUACAAUGUCUAGUACUUGUGGACAGUUAGCAAGCUACCCAUUAGCCUUAGUGAGGACACGUAUGCAAGCUCAAGCGUCAGUGGAAGGCGGCCCUCAGAUGACAAUGAGCGGUCUCUUCAGACACAUUGUACGGACAGAGGGCGCUAUUGGACUCUAUAGAGGCUUGGCACCAAACUUUAUGAAGGUCAUACCUGCCGUCAGUAUAAGCUACGUGGUGUAUGAGAACUUAAAAAUCAACCUCGGUGUUCAGUCCCGGUGAGAGGAAUCUAAGGACUGUUCAUAAUAGUUUUGGUUUUACUCUUUCAUUUUCAUUUGGACUAGAAAAAUAAGUUGUCCAGAAGGGCCGGUUUGCACUCAGGAGGAAGUGAAACAUCAGUUGGCCAAAAAAGAGCCUGCAUGAUGGAAUAAGGAGACCCAAGGUUUUACUUUCAUCUCAUCAGUGAAUAACUAGAAUAUUGAAUAACAGAAACAUAUUAAAGGCAUAGCUCAUCUAAACAUGAAAGUUAUGCCAUCACAUACUCAACCUUACUUCAUGUUGUUCCAAUUCUGAAUGACCUUUUGUCUUCAGUGGAACACCAGAGACCAAGAAUAUGCAAGACCUCUUUAAAAUAAAUUAGUUAUAAAAUUAUUCAGAGAUCUCAUAAAAGCUUUAGAGUAAAGAAAACUGGAGAUAAAAUGGCUGCAUCCAUCAGUUAAUUUAUUUCAGUGACGUAACUGGAAUUUCAUGCACUAAAAAGGCUUGACCUGGUCUUAAUAAUCCAGAUCUGAUCUCUUUGGCUAAUAUAAAUAUCAUUCCACUGGAUGGCAGUGUUCAAUAUCAGCAGGAUAAACUUCUGUUCAGACAGUUAUAAGAUCACACAAAUUUAACAUUUUGCUCACAGAAUUAGAUUUUUUAUUAGCUGGAAAACCUAAUGUCUCGCAUAUUGAAAUAAGUAACGUGUGCAUCAAAAGGAGGAUGUAAGGGACAAAUAACCUCAUUUUAAUCAUCUAUGUUUAAAUAAUCUAAUGGUCCAAAAAGAACAUUGUUUAGCUUUUUUAAUUUUAAUUUAUUUUUCUAUAUUGUUUAUUUAUUUUCAUUCAUAAGGUUGCUGUAUGUACAUGUACGCAGUCCUCAUGGUGAUUGACAACUAAUGUGGUGUUAACUCUUUACCAUGAUUGCCUAAAGUUAGGUUGUUUGGACAAGUUCAAAUUAGAUUUUCUUCUCAUUUUAAGUUGCCUGGUUUUGCAAAUUCAUCACCAGACUACUACUGUGUAAAUAUCCCAUAUUUCCAACCAGUGUUAGUUUGCAAUAAUAACACUCUUAUUUCAAUUCACUUAGUCAAGGAAUGUAUUUAAGCACUUUAUUUUAGUGAAAUAAAUAACCAGACUUGAAUUUUCUUUAGCAGGAUUUACAAUGGAAUGGUGGUGGAAUGAUUGUAUUCAGUAGUUGUAGUGUUUGUGAUUUAGGUUGACCAUCUUUUUUAGCAUUUGCGUUUCAUUUUUGGAUCACUUUAGUGCUAAAAUGCUUCAGAUUUAAAAACACUACAAAUGCACUUGUUCUUGGCCUUGACAAGGCACCAAGAUGCGCAUUUACAUCAACAAAGCAAAACUGCUUUUGCAUGUCAAGACCUAAAACCCACUAGUUUGAGGGGUUGUCGCCCUUUGUAAUUCUACAAGACCUUAGUAUUAAUAUAGUUGCCUUAUUUAUGAAUAAAGCUGCGUUUAGACUCUGAGGGAAAAUGAAAAAUGACGACUGAAAUAUUUUUCUAAAGAUUUGAUUCUCAGGGAGACUUUGUGGUCUCGGAAACUCCUGUGCAGUUUUGCAUUAAAGAUGAGCAAAUGGCUGUUAUUUUUUUCCGGUGAGCUCUGAAACGUGCUCCAUAGUGUAUUUAACUUGUGCGGACAGUUUCAGUUUGUGCACACAUAAAAACAGUUUGCGUUGUCUCAGUUAUUAGAAGAGAACAGUUUAAAUCCAUGAAAAAUCGCUAGGGCAGUCACUUCGCUUCUGUGUGCUGAUGGUGGUUGAACUAAACUCGGCUGUGGCUCUACUCCCUCUGAAUCAAUUCAGUCUUUGUACCGCAUGUAUGUGUUAUGUCUAAAUAUGCACAGAUUGCACUGCAGAGUCUUAAUGGGGCUUUUAAAGCUGUGUUGCUUGCCCUAAAAUGGAUGGAUGUAGCUUUUUGUCAAUGUUGUGUUUUGCAUUUUGCACAUUUUCUCCACUUUUUCUCAUAGGAGAAGUUUGUGUGGUCAUCCUGAAACUAAAGGCUUUAGAUUUGUAUGCGAUUGUGGCGUUUUACACAAUCAAUGAAUGCCCCUCUCUGAGACUACCUGAAUCUAUAGCCUUGUUGUUCUGCUGUUCAGAAGCCACGUUGUGGCUUUCUGUGAGUUGAAAUGCACAGCGUUUGCCACACAUUUAUCUUAAUGUACUGUUCCUGGAGUUCCCUGAGUAAAUAUGUUGAAAAUAUAUCUAAACAUAUCUAGAUGUGAUGACACAUCGGCAACGUUUUAGUGGAUGUUGAAAAGUGCAAAAACAAUGCAAAAAUGUUUACUGGACAAUAAAAGAAACCGAUAUAUGUUGUCGAAUGGAUACAUUGAAUGUAGAGUGAAAAUAUUUAUGUUUGUAAGGUGACUUUAAUAAAGUUAUUCUUGAUUCUG